AUGUUACGCGACUACCUGCCUGGUUUCCGGUGUGCAGCAUUCCAGCGUAUCGCGCAGCGUACGCGAAAGCUCGCACUUGAGUCCAUGAACGAACCAUUUGAAUACGUAAAAAGGAAUAUGGGGCUGAAGGCCAUUGGAAAUGCACCAAAGUCAAUGGUAUCGGAUCUUCUGACUGAAAUGGACGAGGGAAAGGAGGCCUUUCCAGAACAGGCAGUGAAACAAAUUGCAUUGACUGUCUUUGUUGGACGAGCCAACAUACGUCUUGCUCAUGCAACAUCAAAUGACGACAUCUUCGAGGGCUAUUUCAUUCCAAAAGGGACAUGUCCAGAGAAGGACACGAUGAUCCGGAUGUUCUCAAACCAGAAAGGCACUUUGGCAAGUGAUGGAACACUUUUACCAGACACGAUAGCGGCCAAACCUAUGUGGGGAUUUGGAAGGAGAGGGUGCCCAGGGCGUUUCAUUGCCGAAGCUGUGAUGUGGAGUGCGGUGGCAAAUCUCCUUGCAGCGUUCCGGAUAACAAAGGCAAAGGAUGAAGCAGGGAAAGAAAUUGAAGUGAAAGAAGAGUUCACAUCUGGAGUGGUCUGCCGACCCGUGCCAUUUCAAUGCUCUUUUGUUCUCCGAUCAACGGGCAGGGAGAAGGCGAUCCGCUUGGGCGAUUAA